AUGGCCCUUAAUCAUGCUAGACAGGCCAUCCUCCAGGGCCUUAAAACAGAAGUCCUCAAGACGGUGAAUUUCCAUUGGGUUCACCAGAUAUUACAGGAGCCAAAGGAAUCUCCCACUGAUUUCCUUAAUCGCCUGAAGGAUAGUUUUCGCCGGUGCACUGAUCUAGACCCUGGCAAUGAGGUUAUCUUAAAAAUGACCUUCAUAGGGCAGUCAGCCCCAGACAUAAGAAGAAAAUUGCAGAAGUUGGAGGCCCCCACCGCAGAGAGCCUAGAGAAACUGAUUCAGUUGGCCUUCAUUGCAUAUGCGCUCCAAGAUGAGGAAGAAGAGAAGAAGGAGGAGAAGAAAAUGUGCUCACCCCUCGGGAGGGACCAGUGUGCCCUCUGUAAGCAAGUGGGGCAUUGGUGUAAUGAAUGCCCCCGGAAUCGGGGCCGCCAGAGCCCACCCCCAUGACCCUGGAAGGGAGGGCCAUCUCGUCAGAUGUUUCCGGGGGAGGUAGAGGAAAUGCCCAAUUCCUUCUGAUGUUCCUCCAGGGGUGGCCCUCUUCUCUCCUCCCCUGAGCCCCUGGUGGAGCUGGAAAUUGGGGGAAAGUUAUGUAAAUUCCUUGUUGAUACGGGGGCAAAUUUCAAUGUCCUCUGUGACGCUCCUUCCCAAGCAUAUUCAGGACGUCAGGUUCCCGUGACCAGGAUAUCGGGAGAAGAUUGGCAAGCCGUUGUGACCACCCCCUUGCCGGUGGAGGGCCCCGGAAUUCCGCCCCGAAUGGAUCAUCCCUUCCUAAUACUGCCUGAGUGCCCCAUGAACCUCUUGGGCCGGGACCUACUCACUAAAUUACAAGCAACUGUCUCCUUUUCCCCUAAAGGGCCCGUUUUGACAUUUGCUCCUGAUUGGUCUUAUGUGCUCUUCCUGGCUAAACUGUUGCCUGGGGCACUGCCUGUUGCCAUCCGGCAGUAUCCCAUUUUGCAAAACUCUAGGAAAGGGAUUCAGCCGCUCAUUUCCUUGUUUCAACAAACUGGAUUGCUGGUAGCGUGUGAGUCACCAUGGUCCACCCCUAUUUUUCCAGUUCCUAAACCUGAUGGAACCUGGAGGUUUGUCCAGGACCUGAGGGAGGUAAACGCCCGAGUGGUUCCCCUCCACCCUGUGGUUGCCAACCCAUAUACCAUUUUGACCACCCUAACCAGGUCACAAGUCUGGUAUAUGGUGAUAGAUUUAAAGGAUGCAUUCUUUUGCAUCCCCCUAGCCCAGGAGAGCCAGCCUUUGUUUGCCUUUGAAUGGCAGGAGCCCUACACCCAUCAGACCACUCAGUUGACCUGGACCCAGUUACCCCAGGGAUAUAGGAAUAGCCCCACUGUAUUCGCAGCGGCCUUAAGCCGAGAUCUUGCAGAGUUCUUGGCUGCCCCAGCCUCCCUCCUCCAGUAUGUAGAUGACCUGCUACUAGCAGCUGAGAUGAGAGAGAGCCGACCCUUUUCUCUCUAUGUUACCGAGCGACGAGGGUAUGCCCUGGGGGUGUUGAUCCAACACCUGGGGGCAGAGCGGUUGCCCGUGGCCUAUUUGUCACAGACUCUGGAUCCGGUGACCCUUGGUUGGCCCGCUUGCUUAAGGGCUGUGGCGGCCACGGCUAUUUUGAUCCAGGAGGCCCAGAAGAUAGCUCUAGGAGUGCCUAUGAGGGUGUACAGCCCCCACUCAGUAGCCACCCUGUUGGAACAGAAGUUACCUGCCUGGGCUACUGUGGCCCGGGUAUCCAAAUACACGAGCUUGAUCCUAGAGCAGGAGAACAUUUCCCUGUGCCGCACCAAUCAACUCAACCCCGCCACUUUGCUGCCUGUACCCGAAGCGUCAGGCCAGCUGCACAAUUGUCUCCAGGCCCUUGAGACAGUGGUGGGCAUCCGCCCAGAUCUAGUUGCAGAACCCCUCGAACGGGUAGAUGGGUGUCUAUGGACAGAUGGGUCAUCGUUUGUGGAAAACGGAGUUCGUCACACGGGCUUCACCAUCGUUACUGAAGAUGGCCUGCUGUAUGGGGAAAAACUGCCAACCCAUUUCUCCACCCAAGCAGCCGAGCUGUUGGCGCUCAUCAAGGCGUGCAAGCUAUCUGAGGGAUUGCAAGUGACCAUUUUUGUCGAUAGCCGCUUUGCCUUCCUAGCGGCCCAUAUGCAUUGUACUUUGUGGAAGGCCCGGGGUUUCUGCGGGCCUGAUGGGAAGCCAUUGAAAUUCAGGAUUCUACUGGAGGAAGUUAUGAGUGCGAUACGAAGACCAAAAGAACUGACCAUUGUCCAUUGUUGCAGCCAUCAGACAGGGGACUCUUGGGUCUCAAAAGGCAACCGGGCAGCUGACUUUUUCACAAGGCAGAUGGCCCGCGAAGGAACUACCCAAGAAUCCCAGCGGAUCCUGUCACUUCUCCCUUCCUUCCCACACGAGGACCUCCCGCCUCUUUAUGAUCGGCGUGAUGUUUUAGAAAAGGGAGGCCGAUGGGAGAAAGGGUGGUGGGUCGUCCGCCACCGGAUCCAACUACCUAAACAUCUCCUGUGGCAUGUCGUGAGGCGUGGACAUUUGUCCACACAUUGGGGGCCAAAAUCGCUGGCCCGAUGGCUCCAGCAACAAUACUGUAAUCAAGGGUUGAGGGCCAUCGCCUGCCGAAUCUCAGCUGGGUGUACACUAUGCCAGGAGAAUAACCCCCGAGGUUCCUCCCCCAUACCGUCAGGACACCUGCGGACUGCCACCUACCCAGGGGAAGCAUGGCAAGUCGACUUCACUGAACUGCCGCGAUAUGGCAGGAACAAAAAUUAG